GAUAUCAAAAAACGAGUACGACAUUACGACGUAUGUAAGUUAUACUUUAGAGAAUAAAGACGCAUGUAUUUAAAAUAGCAUAGUGGUCCUGAAUGACGAGUGCGGACGAGAGCCACAUGUAUUUAUUUUUCUCCCAGACAAAAAUCCCAUAAAAACAUGAGGUUUCCAUUGAACCAGCCCCAGUAGAAGUAGAUCGAGCAAGAACACGAACAAGAAGAAGAAAAGGAAGCAAAAGAGAAACCAUCUUUCAGAAAUGUUCUUCUCUCGGCUCCCGGACGACGUCGUUUUGAACAUCUUCCACAAGCUGGAGGACGACCCCCGCCACUGGGCCCGCCUCGCCUGCGCCUGCACCAAAUUCUCCUCCCUCGUUCGCAACGUCUGCUGCAAGUCCAAGUGCCGCACCUCCCUCCCCUCCGUCGUCUCCUCCUGCUCCGCCGACGAGCCCCCCGGCGGAUGGUCCUCCCUCCACAAGCUCGCCGUCUGCUGCCCCGGCCUCCUCCACUCCGGCAUCCUCUUAGACAAUUCCGACUUCGGCCUCGAACGCGAGCUCGGCCCCGACCACCAAUCCCAAUCCCAAUCCUCCUCCGCCGCCCAAAUUACUCACGAACAACAACCGCUGCCGCCAUCGGACUGCGCUUGGUCUCUCUACGACGAUCUCUAUUUCGACACGGUCUACGACGACUCCGAAGCCGCAACCACCGCCGCCGCCCCCGCCGAAAACACAACCGCCGGCGUCUCAGUGGUCGGCGAGUUUCCAAUCUCGAAGAGACGAAAGAUCUGCAGGUCGAUGAGGUCUCAUUUGGCCUCCGGCGCCUGGAAUCUGAGCCGCGAACCGGGCAACAAGCUCCUCCACAGCCGCUUCCGCGGCGACUGCCUCUACAUUUGCGACUGGCCCGGAUGCAUCCACGUGGAGGAUAGGCGCAGCUAUAUGCUGUUCAGGGGCUUCUUCAAGGACUUCAAGGGGUCUCAAGUCUGGAGGAACAUCAAGGACGGCAAGAGGACCCAAGUUGAGCUCAGCUGCGCUUACUGUACCUGCAAACACACUUGGGAUCUGCAUUCCGCCUUCUGUUUGCGGCGAGGGUUCGGCUACCAUGAUGAUGGCGACCCCGUUGUGAGGGCUUAUGUGUGUGACAACGGUCAUGUUUCUGGGGCCUGGACCGAUUUGCCUUUGUAUGCCUAGAACAACAAUUCAGCCUUUUUCGAUUUUUAUCAGCAUUCUUGUUGUUUUUCGUUUCGAAUAAGAGUUUUGAGUUUGACUCACAUCUGUGUUGUAUGAUUCUUCGGUUUUAAGCUUAAUACAUCUGAAUAAUAUUCAAU